AUGAUAAUGCUCAUCGUCUACUUGAACCCCUGCAUCCUCAGCUCUGCUCCCUUAUCACUCAUUCUUCGCUCUGGCAAUACCACCUCGUCUCCCGUCCCCAUCUGGUCUGCGCUCCUCCUGCCCGCGGCCUCAUUGAUCAUAACGGCUGAGGUGGCGUUACCAAUCCCAAGUGUUCGCUUCCAGUAUGAGCAAGAUGAGCCGCUCUCCGAAACGAAGCCCAGCCGCCUGGGACUCGGGCACGGCGGGGUCAUUGGUGGCGGCCGACGACGAGGUGUUCGGCAUGACGACGGAGCGCCCAUUCUCGCCCGCUCCACCUGCUCCACUCCGCCCCUUCCGCUCGACUUUGGGCGUAGGUGUGAGCCCCUCGUUUGUGCGCCCGACACGUCCCUUCCCAUCCGCUUCGAGGGCUCCUCCCUGCACCACGGCCGCGUCAAGGGAAUGCGCUUCGCUGCAAAGGGCAACGUCAAGUCCGAGGCCAAGGAGCGUAUCGAGUCCAUCCUCGGCCCUCUCCCCGACCCCAUCGCCGACCUUACCACGGCGUCGCGUACCUACGACUCGGGCGACUUUGUCACCGCCCUCACGGACGCGAUCGCUUUCCUCUUCGCGGUCGAGCGCAAGCAAAAGGACCAGGCCGCGUUUGAGAACCGUCUCUCAGGCGUCCCUUGCCUUUCUCGCUCCGCGGGCGGUGGCGCGUUCUCCGUCGUCUCGGGUCGUGGCCAGGCAUUCUCCAAGUGGUUCGUGUGGGACAUGCCCAAGCCACCAGUCUCGACUGGCGGUCACGUCACUGUCUUGUGCCCCGACGAGGCGACGGCCAGGCGCCAGGCAAUGGAAUUUGCGUCGUCAUCAGCCUUCUACAACAAGGGAAACUCGCUGUUCAACCUCCCCGCGCGGUACCUCGCCAAGCGCGCUGAGGCUGGCAACGCCAGGCAGUUCCCGAUUGACGACGCGAUUCCUGGUCUGGCCAUGCGCUGGUUCCGCAAGGGUGGUCCCGCCGAGGUCGACGCCAUCCACGAUGCCGUCGCCACUGGCAAGUUGACCCGUCGCUUCAAGUUUGACGGCGACGACGUCACGGUGCCGGUGCCGGAGGGACAGUCGGCUGACACCUCGGCGUUCAAGGCCAACCUCAACAAGCUCAAGGCUGUUGUGCAAGAGGCCGAGUACCUCCUCAUGACGCCACACGAGUUUGUCGAGAAGGAGACUGGCAGGCGGGCAUUGAAGUACUCAAUGUACCGAGUCCGCCAGCUCGACGUUGACUUCCAGCCCGUCGUCAUCAACCCGUACUGGUUGGGACUCUGGCUGGGCGAUGGUAACCGCCGCAACACCGUCAUCUUCAACUUUCACGAGUCGGAGAUUAGGGCGUUCCUCAUCCAGUAUGCCGAGCUCCUCGACAAGCCCGACAAGACCGCACUGGAUGCUGUGCAACUCGCCCGCGGCCUUGGCUUCAAAGUCCAAUCCCACCGUCUCACCAACCGUAUUCCCUACCUCGACGGUACUUACGGCGACGCGCUGCGCGCCCGCAUCACCGGCGACAGCAUCCACGAGAUCCCUUGUCUCUUGGGCAGGAAAAAGGCGCUCAAGAGGAUCUUCCAGCAGCAACAGAGCUGGAUCUUCCAGAUUGCCGAGGAGGAGCACCCCAAGCCUGCCGAGCAGACUCUCUGGUCCAUUGCGGUCGACGGCGACAACAAGUUUGUGCACGACGACAUGUUGGGCACAGGCUACAAGCCUGCGAGGCCAGAUCAAAGCCGCCCUGCGCUUGCCCGUCGUCGACUUGCCGAGUCCAUGCAACAGCUCUCGACGAUCAUCGCUGUCAUGGAGGUGCUCGAUGAGAGUGCUCGUCGCCAGCAGUCUCACCCCGAGCGUCUGCUCCACCUCCAUGCCCAUAUUACGGUACUCUUCGAUGAGGCGAAGCGCGUUGGAAAGUCACCACUCGCAUCCAACGAAGAGAUCAACGAUGUUGCCAAGCGCAUGGCAGGUAUCCACCUCAACGAGGUGGCAGCGCGGCCAGUCAGCACACCGCGCAUUCGUCUAGCCGAGGGGGGCCCCACUGAUGACAUUCUUCCAGGCAACAACAGCUCUCCCUGCUCGCUCUCCCUCGCACCUUCGUCUCCCCCUUCCACCCUCCCCUUUACCCCAAGUGACAGCGACGGCGACGGCGACGGCGACUGGUGCGUCAUUGAGGUCGCCGAGUCCACCGACACAAGCCCCGCCGAUUCGCCCAAGGUCGCGACUUCCGGCAACGUCACCUUCGACGGCAACACCAGUGGCAACGGCCUCGGCAACAUCGUCCAGGCGGAGCCCAUGUCCGACCACGACGGGUUCGACCUUUGGGGCGAGCCCAUCUACCGCACGGGGAUCGGCAAAGAGGACAACACUGCUCAGAAGAGUGGAGCACCCAGCGCUACAUCUGGUUGCACGUGUGUUGCCCAGACCAAGGGUACCAAGGACGGCUCGGACAGCACCGUGUCGGCCAACGACACGGCCGCCGGCUGGGGUGCCACCGACCAGGGUGGUGAUUCCGUUGCCGAAACCCGCAAGUCCUUCGACGCUGCCUUGGAUGCGUGGACCAAGUCCCUGCGUAGCAAGGACGGAAAGCAUGGCGCACAUCACGGAAGGACUGUCGAUGCCCUUGCUGCCUUCUUCGCGGCUGUUAAAGCUCGUGAUGCGCAGGAGGAGGGUCGCAACCAGUAA